AAGUUUUAGGGUUUAAGUCUUCUGCUGCUACCGCUUCUUCUUCCUCUCUCGUUGCCACCACCUUCUCGGGGUUCUCUGCUUCCAGCCAGGGUUAAGAGAAGGAUUAUCUCCUAUUUUUGUGAGAACCCAAAGGUCUUAUUCUCUUCAAAAAGUACAAAGCUAGCUGAACCAGCCUUGUUGUCGCUGUGUUCGAAGUCCAGUCCUGCCGCCACCCAUCUCUUGUAACUUCUUCAGCAGGCUCCAACUAGUUUGUGUUGAGAUAGCAGAAAGAUGUCUGCUGAAGCAGCCGCCACCAUGGAGAUUGAAACGUUGCCUUCUGACCCUAAACCUGCAUCCAAUUCAUUGCCCCCAAAGCUGAAGUUUGAGCCCCUGAAGGCGCAUGAGAUGUCUGAUGGUCGAGUCCAGUUUAGAAAGGUCUCCGUUCCACCUCAUAGGUAUUCACCUCUCAAGAAAUACUGGAUGGAUAUCUAUACACCAAUUUAUGAACAGAUGAAGAUUGACAUCCGAAUGAAUCUCAAAGCUCGGAAGGUUGAACUGAAAACAAGAUCAGAUACACCUGACAUUAGUAACCUUCAGAAGUGCGCAGACUUUGUCCAGGCUUUCAUGUUGGGUUUUGAUGUUGUGGAUGCCAUUGCUCUUUUGAGGAUGGAUGAGCUAUAUGUGGAGUCCUUUGAAAUCAAGGAUGUGAAGACACUUAGAGGAGAGCACUUAUCGCGAGCUAUAGGAAGACUGUCCGGGAAAGGUGGUAAAACAAAGUUUGCUAUUGAGAACGCUACAAAGACUAGGAUUGUCAUUGCUGACACCAAGAUUCAUAUACUGGGAUCGUUUGCCAACAUCAAGAUUGCUAGGGAUUCUCUUUGCAGCCUCAUUUUAGGUUCCCCUGCUGGGAAGGUUUACUCAAAACUUAGGCAAGUUUCUGCCAGAUUGGCAGAAAGGUUUUGAUCGUGUUAUUUGUAAUAUGAAUGAGAUUUUGUCAAAAAAAAAAAAAGGAAAAAGAAAAACAAGAUCAGGAUAGAAUAUUCUCAGUAUUCUUUGCAGAGUGUAAUUUUGGAUGAAUUUUUGACUGGGAGACUUUGAGAGAAUUUUCUAUAAACUUCCUUCAUAAUGUUUCGUUUGGAAUCAUACAAUGAAAUUUAUUGUAUUGAUGAUUGAUGAUUGGUGAUUGUAUUCCUUAGUGUUGGUACAUUUGAUUUUAAGAAUAAAAUGUAGUAUAGCAUAACAUUCUGACA